AUGAGAAAUAAAAUUAAUGAAGUUGAUCGCUACUUUUAUUUUCUACCACAACUUCCGGAUCUGAAGGCUAUCAGUGAAUUAGAACAGAGAGGAUUAGGAACAUUGGAAUCUCGUACUGUAACAAUAUGUAGUGGCUUAGAUUUAGUUAAUAUUACCUAUACACCUAUGAUUGCUCGAGAUGCUGAUACAGCAAAGGUAUGGGUGGAAGGAUUAAGAAGUAUAACAUUGAACAUCAAAGCCAAUAAUGUUUGUCCAAUGACUCAACUUAAAAAACAGAACUUACCAGAUUCUCAGACGAAUAACAAUAAUGUCUUUAGAGUGGCAUUGAACCAAAAUCAAGAUCCGGUAAUCUGUAAAGUUCAAGAAAGAUUAAACAACGAUAAUUAUCCUAACCAACCUUUAACAAUUAAUCCAUCCACAAAGGAUUAUAAUGAAUUAUAUAGAAACUAUAAAAAUAUGUGUGAAUUAUUUGGAAAUCCACCUCAGUUUGAAUAUGUAGAUUUUGCACUUAAUCACCCAAUCUUCUGUUUUGAUCUAUCUGCUCACCAAGAAGAUCUUUUCAAAACAGGUGUAAAUAUAAGCAUCCAUAUAAAAAAAAAAACAAGGAGAUAG